AUGCCACGACAUUACCUGGUCAGGUCCAGGACUACCAGAGACUCUUGCUCCUCCGCCAGCUCCGCAUCCACCUGCAGCCAAGAGUCUGAUCUAUCCGGUCGAUCAAGUCGUACCCAAUAUACCAGCAAUACCUCAUACAGCUACACGAAACCUACGACCAAACACAGCGAGACUUGUGCGGAAGAUGUCGUUGUCGAGACCACAGCGGUCGUCGAACAGAACGAUAAUGUCGACCCUCGAUCAUCCACCGAGACAUAUGCUUCCACCAUUGCCUCGGAGAGAGAAUCAGACUCCUUGAAGGGCCCGUGCUUAUUACCUCUCACCAGACACCUCUGCUAUCAGCCCGAUGCCAUUGCUUGUACUCCAAAGGAGUUUGCAGAGUUAUUUCCGUCGACGAGAAGGAUCCUCAUCCAACACGACGACACCAGCCCCGAUGGAAAUCUCAAUCUCCGCGCAGACACUGAAAUACCUCUCUCAAAAGGGCAAAAGGCGAAGCUGACCCUGUUCCACCUACGCAUGUAUGACCUCGGAGACCGUCAAUUCUCGCUCCGCCGCUAUCAAAGACAGUCAGGGCGAGAAGUCUGCAGUACCAAGAGGAAAUAUCUAAAACCUGUUGCCGAACCGUCAACAACAUUCAAGAGGCAUCCAUUGACGACAGCCUUGCGUAAAAUGAGCUUCAGAGCACAAAAGCCUCGACCUAGACCCUCUCCCGAAGUGGACGAAGAGGGAUCAGACGACGACUUCGAACUCUUCGCCGCCCAGGCAGAUAUUGAAGCAACCGUGCCCACCGAUACCAUCAGGAUCGAGUUCUCCAACUAUGCCCAAGUGGAGUUGGAUCGGAGCGGUAGAGGUGACGGUAAGCUCUACGAUUUCGAAUAUUGGGGUGAGCGGUACACAUGGAGAAAGAACGUGUACCAAGAUGGCAUGGAGUCUGUGUUCUCGUUCGAGCUGGUCAACCUGAACACCGGAGCUUGUAUUGCACACAUCACCCCCGACAGAUUAUCAUCAAGACAAAUUCGAAAAGAAGCUGCUCAAGGAAGCUGGGUGCCACCAUGCAGUAUGCGGAUUCUUGAGAAACAGAUUUCCAGCGAUCUUGGCGAUGUGCUUAUUGCAACUGGUUUGAUGGCGCUCACCGAUGAUUGUAUCAGGAAACACUGGCAUGAGGCUCACCGCCCCUAG